UUUGCAAGUUCUGCCACUUGCUGUUUCAGGAUUUGGUUCUCUUGUGCUUGCUGAACCUUGGAUUGCUCCAACUCCAGUAGCUUGGCAGGAUCAUACUUGGCGCGUUCCAAAACAUAAAGGAGCACAUUAGCCAACCAGAAAAUCUUCUGCAGGAAUUUACUCCGCUAUGGGCAGACUGGCCUCGACCACCCCAAAAUUAGUACCUAUUGUGGCAUGCUCUUCAGUGGUUAAUGGCUGAUCUGCUGAAUCCAAAGCUUUGUCACAUCAUAAACACAAAGGUACAGGAAAAAAGAGGUCAGCACACAAGGAGAAUAUCAGUAUUGGCUUGCCUGGUAGAAUCUUGGCUCCCUCAAGUUGCAACAUGGAACUCUGGUCACUCGCGCCUGCUUCAUCUGCACCAAUGGCCGCUUCCUUCUCCGGGCUCACACGAGCCUCUUCAGCGGUGAACGCCGGAAGGACGGAGAUCGCAGCUUGGAGCAGAGUAGCCGCCGAGGCCACUGCGACCGAAAUAGGCUCGGGGGCUGAUGAUGUAAUGGAUGAAUCCGCCAACCCCAAACCCAAAUCGGCCGCUUUGCUACAGAAAAGGGAAAUACCAGCAUAAAGCAAUUGAAGGACAAGACAGGAAAAUGACUUCAAGAACUCCAAACUGGUACAAGCCGCAAAAACUUACCAGGCUGACUUCCUGAUUGGUAGUUUCCUCACAUUAAGCAACUUUGGGACAGGAAACGUCACCAAAGCUCUCGACUGGGCGGGAAUAUCAGGGACCGCAGCUGGAGAUCCUUGUGCAGAGUCCGAUUGAUUCUCUCCACGAGCAGGAAUAGUCUGCAUCAUCGGAGUACUUUCGACAGUACUCGUCAGGACUGGUUGUUCUGCUGGAACGUUAUUUCCACCACUCGCCAGAGUCAGCGACUCCGGCAAAAUAUUUUCUGUAUCUCUUGAAGGGUCCACUAGAUGAUGAGGUAUGCCCCAGAUGACACUAACACUGAGGAGAAGAAGCAGUUCUGGUUUCUCCGCGGCUUGCACCACGGGAUUCGCCAGGUGGUCGCUGGAUGUGAGUUUCCCACACUCCGCCACAUGGUGAAUCGCUGCAUUGCCAUCGAGAGGGAGGGACUUGACUGGGAAGAUCGCCAGCGUAACAAGAGGAAGUUUGAGAGUCAGUCCCGUGACAGGAACGCGUCACACUUUCGACCCAGGAACAGUUUCCGUUCUGGCUUCAACCAGCCAAACGCGAACUUCGGUAAUGGAAACAACCAUUACUCAAGCAACAGGAUCAAUGGAGGCCAGAAUCAAGGAGAAGCAAGCUACCCCCGUCAGCAGCCUGCGCAGGAACCCAACACCCCGUUCGCGCCGAUCGUCUACUUUGCCUGUCACAAGGUGGGCCACAAGGCUGCCUACUGCCCAGAGAAGAAGAAGAACCGUACGCCCGGACCAGCCUCGGAAUCCGCGACCAAGCCGGUUGAAGCUUCACGCACCGCCAACCGUGGGAGACUCACCCACCUGACAGCAAGGGAAGCAAGAGAUGCAUCCUACGCCAUGACCGGUCCUGCUGCUGAAGAGAAGACCGACGACCAGGACUACAAGGAGUCUCAGGAGUUCUACGAGGAGCACCCAGGUUCACACCCAUCUAUGACUUGAAUUCCUAUUAGGCAUUGCUUGCUAGAAUUGCUAUCGCUUUACUUGUGUGUGUGUGAGAUAAGCCUGCAUGGCCUACUUAUACCGUAUUCCUUGCAUCCCUAUUCCUUGAUUGAUUCUUGGAUGCUUUGGCUACUAUGAGAGUGUAUGGGUAUGGGAAUUCCAUGAUAUGAUAGUCUUGGCAUGCAUGAGACCUACUUUGUGAGGAGCUAGAGAUAGGGCUUUUAGCGGGGGCAAGCUACUGGCCGGGAAUAUGUAUUGGGCACAUUCUGGGGAGCACCUGUGGCGGGUGCGGGAAGAGAAGAAAAGGAGGGGCAAUACCUGUUAUGGGUGCCCAAGGAGAGGCAAUACCUGUUAUGGGUGCCUUUGGUGGACCACUGCGGAGGACCGCGUGAGGAGUGCUUGCCCCGGCUCUUAUGGACAUAUGCGGUAACUAUGAUUUGUGGGACUUUGUAAACGUGCACACCACUUAUCCAUUAUGUGGGUGGACCCGGUCCGAGCUAGCUAUGCGCAUCACCAGACCUGUUAGAAGUAGGGUAUGUGCGGGGGAGGCCUGAUGCGGGAGUAGCAUGGGCCUUAUAAAAACUCCGGAUGGCAAGGGGUGGGGCCACACAACUCCAGGACGACCUCUUGCGAGAGGAUGCAUCCCAACCUGGGGGGACAGGAUGGUGUCAUAGCGGUUAGUCUCGUUCUCAGUAGACCGGUGCCUCGGAGUCAGUCGGAGUUGUCUGCUGGCUGGCAACGGGGCGAGUGGGUAUAUGUGUACAACCCCUGCAGGGUGAAAACUAUAUGUAUAGCCGCAUACUCGGUCAUGUACAUUCCUACUUUUCUGUUACCUCGUUUAGAGUAGUAAACCCAGCUUUCUACCUCCCUCUAGUCCACUUCCCCCUGUGGAGUCAGCUGAGGUGCAGGGAGAGGGAGUUCCUGCACCGACCUGGGAUGGGUGAGAGACAUGAUUAUGGAUAUGUGUAGAUAUUUAUAAAUACUUGUGCUUGCAUAGGAAACCUCAGCCUAUCCUUGGCUACUUUUUAUACCUUUGCAUCCACUUAAAGCUUGCAUACGGAUGGUGACGUGAACCUAUCCCGUCCUUGGGGAUAGUUUGGCAAGAUGCAGGAUCCGAUCAGGAGUUCGACGCCAACACCGACGGAUGGUACGCUCAAGUGCUGCCUGUGGAGUUGAAGUUCGAGAUGAAGGAUGGCCUGAAGACCAGCUACCGUUUCCUUUUUCUGCUUGUUCCAUUUAGCUCAAUGGGCUUGUAAUAAAUUCGUACUGCAGAUCCUAUGGAUCUUGUAAUAAUUAAAUCAAUGUUUGAACCUGUUUUAAGUGAGUAUGAACUGAUUUACUGCCUGAAAUGAGCUCUGUAUGUGAUAGCUACUGAUCCAGGGACUAUCACGAUG